AGCUAAGCUAAGGAUCACGCUAGGUCUGAGCCAUAGAAGGAGGAGGGUCAGACUUUAGUUAUCUUUGUUCAUUUAAUUACAUCUACCUCGCGUUGUAAUACUGCUUUAUCACUACACAGUAUCUGCAAUCCACCUUUACAGUCAUCUGGAAGCUUGCCUAAUUCUUAGCUUACAUUCCCUUCUGUCAUUCCCAAUUAUUCGUAACAGAUACAGAGCCUGAUGGUACGAGCAUCAACACGCCUAUUCUUUACAAAUCUCCAGCCAAUCACUAUUUCUAUUUUCAUUGAUGCUUUCCUGACAAGGUAAUUGUCGGCUACCAGCUGCCGAAACGAACUAUCGGCAUCUCAACUCCGCAACUUUUGAUGCAUAUUAGUUACUUGUGCAGCACGGUGUCUUGGAGCCUAACACUAGGAGAUCUUCAAUAUUACCACGCGGCCUUGUAUUGUUUUCGAUAACUGCUGCGAAAGACCCCAUGGCCGCUGAGAAUGCUCCAUAUUGGGUUCAGUCCGAGGACUGGCACACGGCGGGUGAGCCUUUCCGCAUCGUCGAACAGCUUCCCCCGCACACGCUACCUAAAGGGGAUACCGUUGCCCAGAGACGUUCUGCCGUUGCAGCCACACUAGCGCACCCCCUAAAUGAUCUCCGUCGGUCGCUCUGCCAUGAGCCUCGGGGUCAUUCUGACAUGUAUGGUGGCUUCAUUGUGCCUCCCGACGAUUCUGGUGCCCAUUUUGGCGUUCUGUUCUGGCACAAAGACGGUUUCUCGACCGCCUGUGGCCAUGGCACCAUCGCUUUAGGCUACUGGGCUGUGAAUAAAGGCAUUGUCAAACUUCCGGAUGUCGACGGUGUUGUCGACGUCGUCAUAGACGUGCCUUCAGGUCGAGUUACCGCCCGCCUUGCCAUCCAGCAACGCAAGCCUGUCUAUGCUGAUUUCAUCAAUGUCUUGAGCUAUCAACUAGCACGAGAUAUAACUGUUGCCGUGCCUUCACGGGAUAUCAACGUCCAAGUUGACUUGGCCUUUUCUGGAGCAGUAUACGCAACGCUCGAUGCCGCGCAGCUCGGCCUCAAAGUUGAGCCUUCUCGAUGUGACGAUUUCAUCAAAUUGGGAAGAGAGAUCAAAGCCGAACUCGGUGAUAGAGCCACGUACAACAGUCAUGAUCUAUAUGGAGUGAUCUUCUUCAACGAAGAAAGGGAUGAUCAAGAUGACACAGAUGUCAUCAAACAGAGAAAUGUAACUGUUUUUGCUGACGGUCAAAUUGACCGGUCCCCUUGCGGUUCUGGGACCUGUGCUAGAUUGGCCCUGCUUCUGGCCCAAGGGCGGCUUGGCGGUGGCCGAUCAACGCUCCUUCACCGCUCUAUAAUCGAAACAGUUUUUGAAGCCGAUAUUGUCAAAGAAGAGAGCAGUCCCUUGAAUAAUGGCAUCCCGGCAUGUAUCCCACGAGUCAGGGGACGCGCUGGCUUAGUUGGACGUAUGAGCUUUUAUAUUGAUCCAACCGACCCUGUGUAUCCAGGGUUCCUACUUCGUUAAGAGUGCCUAGCUACGGAUGAUAUGUGCUUCAGUUGGUUAUAAGGUAGAUAGAUGUAGCCCAGGGUUAGAUGCAGCUAGAUGCAGCACAAGGAGAAGGCGAUGAAACGAGCAAUAGCCUCGAAAUCUCUAGCUCGAUCAUCGCGCCCAAAGCCGCCCAUAUGCAUUCGCUAUUGAAUGGGAAUAGGUGCAGCUCUCUAUGGUCAAUGUAUCUCUGUUAUAAA